GCUGCUGCUGCUGCUGCUGCUGCUGCUUGGCUUGCUGCUGCUGCCACUGCUGGUGCUGGGCUUGCUAGUGCCACUGCUGCUGCUACUGCUACUGCUUGGCUUGCUGUUGCUGCUGCCGCUGGACUUGCGGCUGCUGCUUGUGGGCUUACUGCUGCUACUUGGUUUGCUGCUGUCGCAGCGGGCAGCGAGGCGCCCCCUGUCUUCACCGUGGGGGGCCUCUCUUUUGCAUUCCUACGGCGCAGCGGCCUCUUAUUUGUGCUGGUUACGCAGCAGAACCCUUCGCCAUCCCUUUUGAUCGAGGUGCUCCUCAGGAUCGUCAAAGCCAUCAAGGAUUUUUGCGGCGUGUUGAGCGAGGAAGUUGUGCGUCGCAACUUUGUGCUGAUCUACGAGCUGCUUGACGAAGUGUGCGACUGCGGAUACCCACAGCAGUCGGCCACAGAGAGCCUCAAAUCGGCGAUUCAUUCGGAGGCAGUCCUUAUAGAGCCACAGCCUCCAAAAACUCCGGCACCAACACCCGGUCUGUAG